GAUCACCGAGGAACAGUGACAUGGGAGAGACCUAUGUGUAUAGAACACAGGUCGGUCUCUCUCCUGCCAGCAGUAACAUGCUGCUGUAUCCUUCUCUGCACAGCAGAGAAAUAUAGAGUAGCAUGUUUACAGUAAAACACACACAGCACACAGUUAACCCUUUGAUCACCCCAGAUGUUAACCCCUUCCUGUCCACUGGCAUUAGUACAGUGUUAGUGCUUUUUAUUAGUACUGAUCACUGUAUUAGUGUCAUUGGGAUGUCAGUGGCAGUUAGUCAGUUCAUUGUCAGAAUGCAGUCUUUAAUUCCCACUAUAAGUCACUGA